CCUUGAAUGUUCUACAAGCUUCUAAUUGACCGGUCUUAGCACCACGAAACGUUCUUGAGCGCUCAAAACGGGUCAAUGGCGACAGCCGUUGGGGAUGACGACGCCAUGGAUCAAAGAGGCGAAGGCGGGCUAAGCCCGCAGGCAGGCAAGGCCGGUCCCGGAAAGGGCCAAGAUGCCGGCGCUGCAGUUAAGCCUGCUCGCGCUCCUCGCAAGAAGGACCCCAAGUUGGAUCUGGAUCUCUUGGAGGCCGACGGCGGCUUCAAUGACAUCUGGCACAAGAUGGCCCCCGCCUUUAAGGCCUCCUUUCAGGGGGAGGGGCACGAGGUAGCCGACCUGAGGCGGCUGUUGGAGCUGUAUCAGCGGUGGCAAACCCGGUUCUACCCGCACUGCGAUUUCGACACAUUUGUCACGAAGCUUGAGAAGGCGGGCAGGAGCAGGCUGGUCAAGGCCAAGAUGGGCAGCAUGAGGCAGAACCUGUUGGGCCUUAUCUUUCCCCCGGAGGCGCGGGAAGCCGAGGCACCGGCUAUAGCAGCAGAUGGAGCAGGGGGAGGAGCUGCUGCUGGUGCUGCUGCUGGCGGUCGUGGGGAUGCAGGAACUGCUCAUCAGGCAGGUUUAUGUGCUCGUGGAGCGACAACGCCGCGCGUCUUAUACCCCGCUGGAGGAAUGGAAUGGUGUUACCCUACUAUGACUGACAACAUUGACUGGGAAGAGUGGGAUCAUGGCAAUGCGCCCGCGCAGUCCUGUUUGCCAUGCUCCUGUUUCGUUGCCAUUGCCAUGAAGCAACACGUGAAUACGAAGGCAACGCCGGCCGCUGCUGCUGCUACUACUGGCCGUGGAGCUAAUACCGCUGGUGGCGGUGGCGACUAUGACGAGGAUGAUGAGCUCGUGGCCCUCCAGAGGGAGACGGAAUGGGAAGCCGCCUACGAUGCUAUGGACGAGUUGGAAAUGGCGCCUCCGCCGCGACCCCGGGAGCAGCCGCAGCAGCUCGCAGGGACAACAACGGCAGCGGCAGCUGGGGGCGGCGGUGGCGCAGCCGCCAACGAUGUGGAUAUGGAUGAGCUCAUGGAGCUGGCGGAGGAAUUGCAUUACAAGCCUGGCCCGCUGCCGCCAGCGACUGCACCGGCGGCGGUGCAGAGACUUCCUUCUGGCAGCCAGCCGCAGGCGGGCCCUGCCGGCAACGGAGGGCCAGAAGGACGUGGGGAUCGUGCCGCCGCCGGCAGCGCAAUGGCGUACGACAACGAUGCCGAUGAGGAGCUCAUGGCACUGGCGAUGGGAUACGAUGUGGUGCCACCGCCGGAUGUGGCGCAGCGGCGCGACAGUGGGGUUCGUGAUGUUGGCGGCGGCGGCGGCGGCGGCGGCCGCAAAAGCGAUCAGGACGGGGACGCGGCGGCCGCCGGUACGGAGGCCGUUGCCAAUCCCGCCGCUGACCCCGCGGCAUCAGCGCCAGCGGAGACACGGGGGAAUGUCUUGGACGAUAUGGAUGAGGAGCUUCGGAUGCUGGCAGAGAUGGACACUGUGGAAGCGAAGGCAGUGGUGGCAUUACGGCAUGGGGCUGCCCUCAUGGAUGUGGAUGAUGCACCUGAUGUACGGCAGUACGGUGGUACGGAAGAGCUUGAUGCCGAGCUGCUCGCGCUAGCGGCGGGAGGCGACACUCAGGCGACGACGGCGGCGGCGCCUCUUGGGGUUGAUGACCUGGGCGCCGGCGGCAGCGCCGGCGUGUACGGCAGCUGCGGGCGUGAGGCGGGAGUUUCCAAUGCAGGAGAGGAUGAGGAGCUUCGGGUCCUGGGGCGAGGCUGCGGCGUCGAUGAUGGUGCCGCGGGUCCUGGUGUAAUGUCAAAGCCUGGCAGUGCGGCUCAGAGGCAUAGGAGCUUAGGGGCUAGCGAGGGGGCGGAGGGAAGUGCUGCCUGUGCGGCCUGCACCGCCGCCCCAGGCGAUGACGGUGGCGGUGGCUUGGUGGCCCAAUCCGAGGGGCCGCUGGACAGUCAAGGCCUGGGGACGGGGCUGCUCCUGCGGGACCUCCUCAUGACGCAAACUCAGUCGCAAGGGGAAGGGGAGGAGCGUGAGGGCGUGUAG